CGGGGGCGAGGCGAGGGGGCGCCGGAGAGACUGAGCGGGACCCGCGCCCGCGGCGUUGGCUUCGCAAGUUGCGCCCCGCGCCUUUCCGCGCGCGGACCCGACAGGGUGGGAAUCCGGCGGAGGACCUCCGAGGGGACCCUGCCUCCCACCCCAAGUUUGCGAUCAGCCGCAAUCCUACAGGUUGCUGUGACCGGGGCCCCUACCCUUGACGCGCAUCGCCUGCUCCAUUUUUCCGAUCCCUCCGCAAUUGCUGCAGACCCGAGUACCCACCUCUUCGCUCCAGUCUCUUUCCCCUGCCCUCUCCACUUGUCUCCAAGGCGAGAGAGAUCAUGGGUGGGCGCGCAGAGCUGUGUCCAAGAGUUCCUGCGAGAGGGGCGGGGUGAUAGAGGUCUCCCUCCGUAGGGUGGGCUUGAAUGGAGAGGGCGCCUUUUCCUUUUGGGGAGCAACACCCAAGCUAAAGUCCGCUGAGCGUGACACUCCUGGGGCGACACUCGCUAGAGGACUUAGCACUGGGUUUUCUUUCGAGGAGGCCGCGUGCGUGCGGGAGCCCGGGAGAGCCUUGUGCACCACCCGCGUUAGCUGAGCCUGCGGUGCGGAGCCGGGAUAAGCAUUUGGCCCGAGGCCGGCUGACCCGGCGCCUCCUCUUGCUACCAGGUGCCCACUCCAGCUAGGGAGCUAGCGAGUGCGGGGCUCCACCGAGCCGCGGGGAAACGCCGCUCCUUGCUGACUUUGAAACGUAAACCCCAUUUUCCUGGAUCCUCCGGACUCUAGUAGAGUGAAAAUUUGCAACUGAUUUCACCUGCACCGUGAGCGAGAACCGGGAGCAUCAAGUUAAAGAUAAAUCCCGCCGACUUGUUUUGAAGAUGAUCAGAGACAGUUUCAGACGUAGCUUGAGUAUUGUGGCUUUACCUUGGAAAUAAUCCCGAAGCUUCUCCUUCCCGCCCAUCUUUAGCUUUCUCCUUCCCCGUGUGCCAUCCAUUAGGUUUAGAAUAUGUAAUUGCGUUGAAUGAUUUACUUAACGCUCCUCCAGCUGGAAGCGGGGACUGAACUGACCACCUCACGUUCUGCUCUCUGGCUAUCCUGAACCUAAUGCGUAGCCGGGAGUGUGGAAGGGGUUCAGGACGAUCACACAAGAACCUCUGUAAUCUAAUUUUUAUGAAAGCUAACGGUGUGUUAAAAACAGUCUGGGUGCCUAGAAUGAAGAAUUAAAAAGGAAAAGAGGUGGAUAGAGGCUUUCUGCUUUAUGAUCCUGUUCAGUGACUAUUUGCUUUUCAUUUCCUGAAAACUUUUUUUUUUUUUUUUGCUUUUUUUUUUCUUCCUUUGGUGAAGCAGGCCCUUUAAAAAGCAGCAAAGGUUUAAAAAUGAGCCUCGGUGAUUGCACACACCGGGUUAUGGUGAAGUACAGUUCUUUCCCUUGCUGGAAGAAGCACAGGCUUCAGCCAUCUAAUUUACUAUGGAGAAUGCCUCCUUGCAAAGUCAGCUCAGUUGUUUUUAAUAUACUGUUAUGGAGAAAAGCCGGCUUGUUCUCAGUUAUCUAAAUGUCUGAAUUCCCACCUGCUAUUUGGUGUGGAAUACCCAAGAGUGACUGGCUCCCUGUCCUGACCCCUUGGAAUUUGGUUGGUGGAGUUGUCUUGAAGCCAGCUCCAAACAAGAGGUGGGGAUAUGCCAGAAGCCUCUUGGAUGGAGUUUUGCUGGCUGUAAAACUAAGGCUAGCACCUCUUGUCUGCAAGCUGUUCCUUAAAGGUCUCCUAGAAAACAUACUGUACACUCUGCAGGCUUAUUUACAACAAAAUGUCUUGCACGGAUCAUAGUAAUGUUCAAGACACAUGGCGCGGAGCAGUAAAUCUGACUAAUAUUUCCCUUGUAGUAUGUUACGUUUUGGGGUGUGAAGCCCAUUACCCUUAGCAUCUGUCAGAGAUUCUGUAAGAAAUGAGUAGUAAGCCGGGCUCUGGAAUGUGUGAAGCUACAUGCACCUGGCUUUGGACAGGUGGGCUCAAUUGUAGUUUUCAGAACAAAGGGUGGGAUUCAAUGUUACCUAAGUUCUGCCUGCUGGGGCAGGUGCCCCUUCAUUAAAAGCAAGAAGAGGUGCGCUCUCGUGGCAUGUUUGCUGAGUAGUCUGACCAGCCUCCAUACGGUUGGCCCUAGGUGGUGGUUCUUUAUCCAAAGAAAUAGUUUUUUUUUUUUUUUCCCUGCAAGCCUUUCCAUGUUGAUUUGAACCAAGGUGUUCUCCCUUCCCUAAACAACAGGCUAUAUAGAAUUAUGCUUUUCCUUUGAUGAUUUAGGAAUAUUUAACAAUUCAGUAGCAUUUUCUUUACAGUUAUUUAUCCUUUGUUUCUAAGAUGAUUGCGCCAACUUUUUUUUUUUCCCCUUUUCCUCUCCAUACCUAAUGUAAAACCCACUAAAAAUCAGAGGGGAGGUGGUUUCAGGUGAUUGGCUUUAAGUGAAUGUACUCAAAGAGGAAGAUACUUGGGGCAGGACACUGCCUGUAGAAACUAGUAGUGAGUGGCCCAAGGAGCAGUGUUCUGGUUCCUUCCUUUGCAAACAGGACUGACUUCUUUAGAUUUAUGUUCCUGACUUCUGGCAUACUGUGAGGAAGGCACUUUGGUGCCAUGAUUACUGUAUAUUUUAACACUUUCCAACUUAAAAGUUAUUCAUGACCUGCCAAGUGCAAAUUGAAUCCACAUCAUGUUGUCAUGUUGAUUUGUUUUGUUCUUUGAAAAACUGGAGUGGCGCUCCAGAUCUGGUUGUGAUUCCUGUAUUAGAUACUGUACCUAAGAUACCCUCAUCUAAAGGCAGGGAGGAGAUGAUCUUAGAUAGGCUAAACUUACAGUUCCUUGCUUUAAAAAAUUUCCUGGACAAUGAAAUCUUCCUAAUAAUAGCUAUAGAAAUGCAUUAAGGGCCUGAGUGGUACAUGUUUAUUAUCUAGGCAUAAUAGGGUCAGAUGGUUUACACAUACUUAAAAUCCAUUUGUCUAUCUGGUUCAUACAUCUGAAAAUCUAUUGUCAUUUCCUCCCUAGUGACCAUUAUAUGCACCCCCCCCCACCUUUUUCAUUCUGUUCCUUUUCCUCAAAAAAUUGCCCCUCCAUAGUGCUAUCAGGAAAGAGUGUUUUCUCCCAGUUUCCUGCCAGCUUUGUCUUAUUCUAACUCUUGGGUUGUGCUCGCAGCUUGAGCAGUCCAAUGGCACCUUCUUUUCCUACCGGACAAAGUGUGUUCAAGGAGUGUCUUAAGUAUCUCAGCCCUUAACAAGAGGUUAGUUGUUCUGAUCUGGCCCUUAAGAAAAGUGCUUGUUGUCCUUUUUCAUUGUCUUACUAUGAAAAAUCCUUCCUCACUCUUUGAGUGACCUGUGUGCGCUUUUGUAAGUGGAGCCCCUUAGGGUGGGAGAAAUUAGGGGGCCAGGAAUCCUCCGUGAGGUCUCUGAACUGUAGGACUACAUUCCAGACCUUGCUGUCUUACUAGGUAGGGAAGCCCUUUUCUGUCUGUAUCGCCUCAAUGACUUCAUUGUCUUCCUUCUACCAUAUAUAGAACCUAAUUUAAAAUACCGCCAACUCUAAAGAUUUCUCAAGGAAUUUGUUGUAGAGGAGAUAGUAUUUGAUACCACUCCCUUGUGCCUUUUGUUCUUUUUUUUAAUAUGAAGGCUAGAGGCUCAGACCAUAUGCAUUAAAAUCGAAUCCCAAAGACAGGUGUCCAUCCAAAGAAAGAUUUUUCUGUAACAUCCCCUUAAGGAAGGUCAUAGUGGGAGUAGAGGCAUCCUCUUAAUGGACAGGCACACACGUUUGCAGAAGGCCCUGAUGGGGAUGCUUCUUGAUUGCACUUUGGCCCUUAAUCUUGAUUGUCUCAUACUCAGGGAAGUGCCACUUGACCAGCCAUGGCAUUGUCUUCUCAUUCUGAACUACUGACUUGCCUGAAUACCUAGCGGGAACUUUCCUGUAGUGACAGCCGCAAAUUCUAGGUGAAGACACUGACCAGCUCACGCCCUCAUUUGCUAAGUGGCCGCUGUUGGCAUGAAAACUACCAUUGUGUUGCUACCGCCCCUUACAUCAUACCUGUUCCUUAAGAGAAGGCAUUUUUGUAGCCUUGAGUGAGAAAUAAUAAUAGUGAUUAUUGUAUUUAGCAUGUGCCAUUGAUUAUUCUAAAUGCUUCAUGUAUGUUAACUCAUUUAGUCCUUAAAAUAACACCGUGAGGUAAGUAAUCUCAUUUUUAACAUAGGGAAACAAGGUCAAACAAGGGUUAAAUAACUUGUUCAAGGCCAUAGAGGUAGUAUAUGGAGGGGCCUGGAUUCACACCUGCAUGUCCUCCUCCAGAGCCUUAAACAAGGACUGUUUUCUAAACUAUGCCAAAAAUAAAGUGACCCUUACAUUUUGGUGACAAAAGCGCUAAAAUGAUUUCUCUGUAACUGUGAGAGUUGUAGAGGCAUUUAGAGUAGCUUCAAUAAAUCUAUAAAUAUAUUCAGAUAAAUCUCAGAGAUUUAUGUUGUAUGAAAACAACCACCCUCUCACCAUUCAGCUUAAUAUACUUUGGGAUUGGAUUCACACUUAAAAUUCUGAACGCCCGUUUCUAAUAUGAUAGCUUGCUUUUUUUUUUUCAAUUUUGAAUUUCAACAGAAAAUAUUACUCUGAUUGAAUACGCCAUCCAUGGAAUGGCAGAUCCCAAGAGACUAUUUGUUGCAUGUCUUGUAUUUUUAGCCUUGUUUGCUGGGGAAAUGUGGAGUAGGAGAUUGGAGAGUAGAUUGUUAACACCAGAGGCUGCUGUUUCUGCUGUUUUGGGUACUCCUGCUGCUGCUCUUUCAAGGCAGAUGGCUAGAUUCAUUUAUAGAAAAUAGAUAUUCGUUCUAUUUUGCAUUUCCACUUUGAAAAGAACUUCUAAUUGUUUGGGCCACAUUGCCUCGUAUGGUCUCAUUGUGCGCAUACACAUGCUGUGCCUAGAUAAUUUUCAGAAUUAGGUGGAUGUUAAUGGAUCCACUUUGGACUGUAUUAGAAAUCCACUGUGAACUCCGUUGUGCUUCUGGAGUAUUUCUCCCGAAAGUGGAUGUGUGUGCAGUACAGGGUAUAUCACGGAUUUUGUGCUCAGCACCUGCCCCUCCCCACCGACUUCGCUGACCCAGAAAUUAGGGGCAGAAGUACUGGGCUGCGUUUCUGGGGCUAGAGGAGAAACAACACUCCCAUAUUAUGCUUCUCAGCUACAUCAGACUACUGCGGGACUGAAAAACACUUCCUGAUACUGUUUCCGAAAGACCAGAGUAAGGUGAGGCCUGAAUUCUUCCCCUGUGAGCAGUUCCUUCCUUCAUAAAUAAGGAAAUCGGAAAGCCAAAAGCUGCCUUUCGAGUGAGGUCAAUGACAGCUUCAGUUAAUGCAGAUGUUGACUGUCCCCAAAUUUCUGGUUCAUAAAGUGCAAAAGAGCCUUCCUUUCCAGAAAGAGAGACCUUUGCAGGUGUAUUCCACCGACCCAACCUGGUCUUCUUGUAAGGUUAAGAGGAAUCAUGGGGGAAAACGUCACUGCAGCCAUGUGGAGAAUGAACUUGGCAGGUGUUUUGUUGUCAUCUAAAAUCAAAUGUUUGUAAUUUCUCCAUCAGGUAAGUCCAAGGGAAAAUGAUGUUGCAGAAAUUCCAGAAGGUAGGUGAUUGGUGGGCAGGCAUAGGAAGAAAUCAUCCCGAAUUCUUCAGAGGCUCAACUAACACUGGCACAGCUAUGUUUUGUGUAAUAUCAUUCACAGAUUUUGAUAACUUACUAUAAAAGCAAAUUUAUUUUCUAAAUAUUGGAUGAGAGAUCUGCCUGUGAAUAUAUUUGUGCGCGUGUUGCUGGGAGUGGUGUGAAAGUGAUUGGUGGCUUCUGCUAGCAACAGCACUUAUUCAGGAGUUACCAUCUUUAUUUGAAUUUAAUUUAAUAAAAUCCAGGAGAGGAGGGGAAACUGAAACGCUCAUAGGUUAUGGGAGCUAUGCUGGUAAUGUCUUUGAAACUCACAAGUCAGUGCUCUUCAGAUGUUAGUGCACAUUUCAGUCACUGCAGAUCUUGUUAAACUGCACCUUCUGAUCUAGUAAACCUGGGGUGGGGCCUGGGAUUCUGCAUUUCUGACGGGCUUCUGGAUGACCUUAUCCAUGGGCCACACUUUGAGUAGCAGGGCCAUAGAUGAGUGUAAUUCGGGUUUUUUAUUUGCAGUAUUGUUUUUCACUUGCAAGUCUGUAUGAAGCGGAAUUCAGUGCGAGGCUAUUUUUAAAAUGCCAAUAGAAGAAUAGGUAAACACAAAUGUCAGUUUAAACUCAGGCAAACAUACAGCCAGUCGUAAAACUAACACAUUCAGGAGCACUGCUCUGAGAUGAGAUAAUGUCUUGUUUCUAGCAUCUGUGAACAGUGUUUGAAAAGUCUUUCUAUUGUGAAGUGAUUGAGGACUUAUGUUUGCAUCUAAUUAAUUGCAGGUAAUAAAGACGAAACUGAGUCCCUAGGAAGUUGAACAGUUUGCCCAAAGUCAGAUUUUUAACUAGGAAGCUUUUCUACUCAUCUUGAUCACUUCUUCCUUUUAUUGUAUGUGUCGACUGCACCUGCACUUCAAAUGGUGCGGAGUUCAGGAUAAUGAGAGGACGGGGCUAUCGUUAAGUAAGAGGUAGAGAAAAUCAGUUGGUUCAGAAAAACAGUGCUGUUCAUACAGGGUACUGAGGCUCCCCAAGCUGAUGGAUUGUGGUUGUCACAACAUGGUGUAUGAGCUGGUGCUGGGGUCUGUUGUAUCUGCUGCAAGAUAGUUCUCUGCACCUGACAGGAUCCAUUGUGCUUACUAUUAACUCUUACCCAGCACCUGAUAGUUCUUGUCCAAUAGCAUAUGCCAACUAGUAUUUUUUUUUUUUUGAGUUUGUUUAUUUUGAGAGAGCGCACAAACACAAGUGGGGAAGGGUCAGAGAGAAGGAGGGGGAGAGAAUCUCAAGCAGUCUCCAUGCUAUCAGCACAGAGGCUGAUGAGGGGCUCGAACUCAUGAACUGUGAGAUCAUGACCUGAGCCAAAACCAAGAGUUGGAUGCUUAACUGACUGAGCCACCCAGGCUCCCGCCAACUAGUAUUUUUUACUCCAGCCUUAUUAUGCAAGGUAUAAAUACUACUGAGACUAAACUUUCUGAAACUUAUUUGAUCCUGUGAUAAAAUACUCAGGGAAAUUUAAUUUCCAGAGGAAGAAUUAAAUAAUUAUAAGAUAGUUAUGUAUGUAUUUUUUUAAGUUUAUUUUUUUUAAAUUUUGAGAGUGUGAGCAAGCAGGGGAGGGGCAGAGAGAAGGGGAGAGAGAAUCCCAAGCAGGCUCUGUGCUCUCAGCUUGCAGCCCAGUGUGGGGCUCGAAUCUACCAGCCCUGAGAUCAUGACCUGAGCUGAAAUCAAGAGUCAGACGUUUAACCAACUGAGCAACCCAGGCACCCCUAUAUUUUUUUCCUUAAUAGAUUGUACAGCCUACAUUCCUUUUUUUUUUUUUUUGAUGUUUUAAUGUUUUAUUUAUUUUUGAGAGUGAGGGAGAGAAUGUCCUAGGGGAGGGACAGAGAGGGAGACACAGUCCGAAGCAGGCCCCAGUCUCUGAGCUGUCAGCACAGAGCCUGAUGCAGGGCUCAGACUCACACAGUGUGAGGUCAUGACUUGAGCCAAAGUUGGACACUUAACCGAUGGACCCACCCAGGCACCCCAAAGCCUAUAUUACUAGAUAGCCUAUUCUAGAAAGAUGGUUAAGUAGAAGAAGGACACUAUCAUGGAUGGCUGUUAUGAGUAAUAAUUCAUUUGCAUGGAACUUGAUACUUUUAAGAGAAAGGAAAAACACAAAUGUCCUUGGGAGAGGUAACUGUUGGUUUGUUCUGAGGUGUUGAGUUCUGAAGUCCAGCUCUAAAGAAAAUCCAAGGAUCCUUCAAGCCAGCAAUGGGCAGACUCUUUUGAACAUGGCUUUUUGAACUCUUUUGACAUGGCUUCCAAGUGAGGAGCUGACAACGGCGAAGCCCUCCCCGAGUCCAUCCCCUCAGCUCCUGGGACACUGCCUCAUUUCAUAGAGGAGCCAGAUGAUGCUUAUAUCAUCAAGAGCAACCCCAUCGCACUGAGGUGCAAAGCGAGACCAGCCAUGCAAAUAUUCUUCAAAUGCAAUGGCGAGUGGGUCCAUCAAAAUGAGCACGUCUCUGAGGAGAGUCUGGAUGAGAGUUCAGGCUUGAAGGUCCGGGAGGUGUUUAUCAACGUCACCAGGCAGCAGGUAGAGGACUUUCACGGGCCAGAGGACUACUGGUGCCAGUGCGUGGCAUGGAGCCACCUGGGGACCUCCAAAAGCAGGAAGGCCUCCGUGCGCAUAGCUUAUUUAAGGAAAAACUUCGAACAAGAUCCACAAGGAAGGGAGGUGCCCAUUGAAGGCAUGAUAGUGCUGCAUUGCCGGCCACCCGAGGGAGUCCCUGCUGCUGAGGUGGAAUGGUUGAAAAAUGAGGAGCCCAUUGACUCCGAGCAAGAUGAAAACAUUGAUACCAGGGCUGACCACAACCUCAUCAUCCGGCAGGCGCGCCUCUCCGACUCCGGCAAUUACACCUGCAUGGCAGCCAACAUCGUGGCCAAGAGGAGGAGCCUGUCAGCCACGGUGGUGGUUUAUGUGAAUGGAGGCUGGUCUUCCUGGACAGAGUGGUCAGCCUGCAAUGUUCGCUGUGGUAGAGGAUGGCAGAAACGUUCCCGGACCUGCACCAACCCAGCUCCUCUCAAUGGUGGGGCCUUUUGUGAGGGAAUGUCAGUGCAGAAAAUAACGUGCACUUCUCUUUGUCCUGUGGAUGGGAGCUGGGAAGUAUGGAGUGAAUGGUCAGUCUGCAGCCCAGAGUGCGAGCAUUUGCGGAUCCGGGAGUGCACGGCACCACCCCCAAGAAACGGGGGCAAAUUCUGUGAAGGGCUCAGCCAGGAAUCUGAAAACUGCACAGAUGGUCUCUGCAUUCUAGAUAAAAAACCUCUUCAUGAAAUAAAACCCCAAAGCAUUGAGAAUGCCAGCGACAUUGCUUUGUACUCGGGCUUGGGCGCUGCCGUGGUGGCCGUUGCAGUCCUGGUCAUUGGUGUCACCCUUUAUAGACGGAGCCAGAGUGACUAUGGCGUGGACGUCAUCGACUCUUCUGCAUUGACAGGUGGCUUCCAGACCUUCAACUUCAAAACAGUCCGUCAAGGUAACCCCCUGCUUCUGAAUUCCUCCAUGCAACCAGACCUCACGGUCAGCCGAACAUACAGCGGGCCCAUCUGCCUACAGGACCCGCUGGACAAAGAACUCAUGACAGAGUCUUCGCUCUUUAACCCUUUGUCCGACAUCAAAGUCAAAGUUCAGAGCUCAUUCAUGGUUUCCCUGGGAGUGUCUGAAAGAGCUGAGUACCAUGGCAAGAAUCAUUCCGGGACUUUUCCCCAUGGAAACAACCGUAGCUUUAGUACGAUGCACCCCAGAACUAAAACACCCUACAUCCAGAAUCUGUCAUCACUUCCCACAAGGACAGAACUGAGGACCACUGGUGUCUUUGGCCACUUGGGAGGACGCUUAGUCAUGCCAAAUACAGGGGUGAGUUUGCUCAUACCACAUGGCGCCAUCCCAGAAGAGAAUUCUUGGGAGAUUUAUAUGUCCAUCAACCAAGGUGAACCCAGCCUCCAGUCGGAUGGAUCUGAGGUGCUCCUGAGUCCUGAAGUCACCUGUGGCCCCCCAGACAUGACCGUCACCACACCCUUUGCAUUGACCAUACCACACUGUGCCGACGUCAGUUCUGAGCACUGGAAUAUCCAUUUAAAGAAGAGGACGCAGCAGGGCAAGUGGGAGGAAGUGAUGUCAGUGGAGGAUGAAUCCACAUCCUGUUAUUGCCUUUUGGACCCCUUUGCAUGUCACGUGCUCCUGGACAGCUUUGGGACCUACGCCCUCACUGGAGAACCAAUCACAGACUGUGCCGUGAAGCAACUCAAGGUGGCGGUUUUUGGCUGCAUGUCCUGUAACUCUUUGGAUUACAACUUGAGAGUCUACUGUGUGGACAAUACCCCUUGGGCAUUUCAGGAAGUGGUUUCAGAUGAAAGGCAUCAAGGUGGACAGCUUCUGGAAGAACCAAAGUUGCUGCAUUUCAAAGGGAAUACCUUUAGUCUGCAGAUCUCUGUCCUUGACAUCCCCCCGUUCCUCUGGAGGAUUAAACCCUUCACUGCAUGCCAGGAGGUACCGUUCUCCCGCGUGUGGUGCAGUAACCAACAGCCCCUGCACUGUGCCUUCUCCCUGGAGCGCUACACACCCACCACCACCCAGCUGUCCUGCAAAAUCUGCAUCCGGCAGCUCAAAGGCCAUGAACAGAUCCUCCAAGUGCAAACAUCAAUCCUAGAGAGCGAAAGAGAAACCAUCACUUUCUUUGCACAAGAGGACAGCACUUUCCCUGCACAGACUGGCCCCAAAGCCUUCAAAAUUCCCUACUCCAUCAGACAGCGGAUUUGUGCUACAUUCGAUACCCCUAAUGCCAAAGGCAAGGACUGGCAGAUGUUAGCACAGAAAAACAGCAUCAACAGGAAUUUAUCUUAUUUUGCUACACAAAGUAGUCCAUCCGCUGUCAUUUUGAACCUGUGGGAAGCUCGUCAUCAGCACGAUGGUGAUCUUGACUCCCUGGCCUGUGCCCUUGAAGAGAUUGGGCGGACACACACGAAACUCUCAAACAUUACAGAAUCCCAACUCGAUGAAGCCGACUUCAACUACAGCAGGCAAAAUGGACUCUAGUCCACUAUCGUUCAUGAGACAGUGACGGCCAGCUUCGGGACAUUUGCUUUAAAUGGGAAAGAGGCAGCUUUCGGCCCAGUGGCACUUGGGGAAUUCAGCCUUCAUUUACACUCAGUGAGAAUCCCUGGUUGAAGAAACUGCAUUUUAUAUAGGUGUAAUAUGUUAAUAGGGAGAAGUACAAGCUCUCUUAAAUAUAAGAGGGCUCUACUGUCUCGUCUGAAUCCACACUCGGGUUAACACUUUAUGAACUUUCUCAGAUUUGGAAUGGUGAGAAUAAAAGUGAGGGCACAGCUAGAUAAAAAGAACUGUGGGAAAAGAUGAGCUACAAUAAAGCUGGGAAGGUAGAGAUUGAAUAGUGCAUGUUCUGAAGCAGGUUUUUAAUGACGUGCCCCAAAGGGCCAGCUGAUUCUGGUACCAGAUUGUCAGGGUUCUCUACCAACUGGCAUCUGUGAUGUCAGCAAUCAUUGUAACGUUGGCUUUUAGAAGUGAAACGGGGUUGCCAACCCAUUUAUUUGUAGGACUUCAAUAACGUCGAGGAGGGCAUUUAGAAUUUAGAAUCUGAGUACAUCACACCAGCACCAGUUCCCCAUUUAUCCUAGCCACUUAGUGGAAACAAGACCAGAAGGUAAGAUAGACCACAAACUAGUUCUUGCCAUGACCACCUUCAUUUUCUCCCAGAGACAAAUCUACCCACAUUUCCCCCCCCCCCUUCCUUACCCAUUACAUAGGAGCGGUUUCAAGGAGCAUAACUAAACUGCUCAAUAUGGAAACUUAUGUCUUCUAAGUCAACGAAGCAGAGCUGUCUCUCUUCCCAGCUAAGCCGCUCAAAUUGCAGAGUGCUGUUAGAACACGGCAUAUUACAUGGAUUUGGAGGGGAGGUCAAAUCGAGCCCAAGGAAAUACAUGAACUACAGAUGCCACACGCCUUUGAGAAGCUGUCACUCUGGGAUGGAGGAUGAAGGUGUUGACUCAGUUGCCCAACAUUGAUAUAAGGGGCUGAGGGGUUCUGCUACACUUUUCAAUCCAGGUUCUUGAAACUUUCUAGUCUGUUAUCACAAUAUCUCCCCAUAGGGCUAUAGGGCCUCCUCCUUUGCCUCUCCGAAAAUCAGCAGAUAGUCUUUGGUCUAAAUGAUAGGGGUCAGUAGACCUGAGGAAUAUGUCGACCACAAUGUCCCAGAAACCACAUGCAUUGUUCAGGAAGUUUCAACAUCUGGUUGCUCAGCCUUAUCAAGCAGGCUUUUUCUACAAGACCAUUAACACAGGACUAUUGCUUUCGGAUUCUUUUUUGAAAAAAAGAAGUAAUGGUAUUGUGGAAAACUGAAGUCCACAGAUAAUUCGUGACCCCCCACCCCAUCUUAACAUGACUCCAUCUUUUAUACUAUUAAAUCAUUUUGAUAAGGUGUCCUGGUAGACUAAAGAUGAACAGAUCUGUUUCUGCUCCGGUUGAUGUUUUAAUUAGCUGUCCACAAUCAGGACAAGCAAGGUCAAGGACCUAGAUCAACCACGGGGCUGAUCAGCUACUUAGAAGUUGGCUUCAUUAGAAUAAAAAUAGGGAAAUUAGGGACUACUUGGCAGUGGGAUAUGGUCAUUUAAAAAAAAAAAAAAAACGUUUUUAUAAGUCCCAUGUAGGAAGAAAAAAUGUAAAUCCCCACCGAAGUAAAAAAGAACUAGAGAUAGGUGGAAUUUAUGAUACCAUGGGUAAGGCAUUAAGAACUCUUAAAUGUGUUAGCCAUGUUCUCUAACUAACGUGGUAUAUACAGUCCCCUGUAUUGGAUGAAAGGCUUUGCUACAUGAAAUCCAAAAGCAUCUUUCUUUUCUCAGGAACCAAAGGCAUCUUAUACAGAACGAGCAAAUCCUCUUAGAACUGCUGAGCAUAUUUUCAAAAUACCAUGUCUAGAUAAGGAAAACGCCCUUUUACUAAUGUCCUCUACUUGUUUAUUCCUUCGGGGGAGCAACAGAGAGAAGGGCAUGAGAGUGUAAAUCAUCUGACACCCUUGCUAUCAUUUCUGAAGGAGCAAGAAGUUGAAGUAGAUGGUCAGUCACCCAAAAUGAACUAGAGAGUUGAUUGGCAUGGUGGUAUACAGAAAGAAUCUGCAUUGACUGUUGGAUAAUAACUUGCAGAAAACACAUUAGAGAGAACUUUUGUUAGUUUCCAUCUUGGAGAUGUUAAUAGGGAUUUAAAAAUCAUCCUGCCUCCCCCUCCGCCCCCCCCCCCGCCUUUCCUUCUAAUUGGCCUUAUAAUUGCUUUCUAUAUUCCAUGCAUUCAAACAGAUUCUUUUUAGACCUGAUAUUUUUAUAUAUUAAAUGAAAAAUUUUAAUGUUUUCCCUAGAAUCUAAAUUAUUUUAAGAAAAGAGAUUAUCAUCAAUUCCUCAAUGUCUAGAAUUUCCUCCUAUGGACUUUUUUUUUUUUUUCUUUUCUUGGCCUGGGUUUUUAUAAAUGCUCAUGAUCAUCAUACCAUAUUGAGUAACUAAGGAUGCGAAUGAGCAUGAUUCACCUCUGACUUCUUCCUAAGGUUCAAAUCCAUCUGUCAGUCCAUUCUGCUCCCUCUUUUCCUUUCUCUUAUUUCUGUUAGAAUUCUGCAUAGGAUUUCUACAGAAAUGUAUGAAAUUCUGUGGCUGUCACAUGGCAGGAUUGUAUGGUAUUUUACAAUAGAAUUCCAAAGAGAACCCACGUUCAUGAGAUUCACAGACACAGCUGGGGGUGUGUCAGGGAGGAGUGGAAAAUGCAGACCAGAUAGACUUAACUGACACUGGAACUUGUGGUUACUCACUGUGACCUAAACCCUUGUUCUAUUUUAACAUUUUCCUGUCACAACACAAACGCCGCCCCUCUAGAAACAGAGUCCCUGAUCAGUGCAAGUGCUUACCGCAGAAGUGUUAUUGUCCCAGUGCAAAACGAGCCAAGAAAUUAAAAGUGGGCUGUGAUACCUGGUAGGUUACUUAGAAUUUUCACAAGAUAUCCCACUUAAGGACACAUCUGUCAGUCCUCAAAAGCAUUUAAGUCUAACGGUCAUGCUUUAAACAGGACUUCAAAUUAUGCCACCGAAAGGGUGUACUUCCCAGCUGCACCAGACUGCCGCAUCAUAAAGUUAAUUUACAGUUUUUACAACAUUGCUCGUGCAGUCUUACUGGUUUACAUUAAAAUCCUUUAAGCCAAAGGGAAGCUCACUCUAUGGAUUUCAAUGCAAACUUCAUUUACCGGUGCAGAAAGUCUCAUAAAACUCAGAUGUACGCCCACAAAAAUUUUAUUGGCCUUUUUGUAAGAGAUGAAUAGGAAUUGACACAGUUCUGUUUAAAGAGGAGAAAUUUUUCUCCCUUUUUAUUAUUUUUAUCUCCAGCUGCAGGUGUUAUCCUUUGCCAUGGUCCCUACAUUUUUCUUUCAGUUGACUUUGAGAGGGGUUAUUAAGUCAGAUGACUAAAACCGGGUUCUCUUUGGAUUAAAAAGUUCUGGAUUUAUCGCAACUAUUUUCCUUGACAAAAAUUCUCCACAUCGCAACUGAUAAGCGAAGGUGGAAUAUUCAAAUGGGGUACAGAUCUUCCUUGACUUAUGAGAGGGUUAUGUCCCCAUAAACCCAUCGUAAGUUGAAAAUAUUAUAACUCGAAAAAAACACUUAAUACGCCUAACCUGUCGAACACCAUAGCUUAGCCUAGGGUAACUUCAAUGUGCUCAGACUACUUCCGUUAGCCUUAGCCUACAUUUGGGCAAAA